CAUUCGUUCAUAUCAUCAUCAUUUACAAUACUCAUUACAAUACUUGCUAUUAGUUGUGCAGUGUAUUAUGCUAUAGUUUGGACUAUAGUACUUGUUAUUUGCUAUACACGGCAGACCAACGAUGCCAAGACCUAAGGGAAUAGGGGAGUGUGACCGGUCGACCUCUUCCAAGACUCUCCAAGACGAUAGUCCCUGCUAACCCUGGCGUUAUUCGAUCUUGGCUGCCCCUCUAGUGGGUGAUGGGUUGGUGAUUGUGACCUAUGCAGCAUGAUUUGCACGAGCAACAGUCCAGUUAGCAAUCGUCAGUUUCCAGUUGCCAAUUCUCGGCCGUCCGAAGGCUGAUGUGUGUGAUGCAUACUGCUGUGCUCAUCAGUAUUGUACGUACAUCUAUACGCCACCAUACAUUGUCCAUUCAAGGAGGAGGGAUUCCGACUGGUUAUCUUACAAGGCGAAUGCUUGUAUAGAAACACGCAGACACGCUCUAGAUGCCGGGAAGUUAAAAUGAAAGAGAGACAUGUAACUAAGACAUCCCACUUCAGUUAUCAAUAUCCACAACCCCUUACUUACCACUCUCUGCCGUAUAAACUGAAGGAAGGGGCGAGAGGACUGGUGCGAUUUGCGCUCUAAUCCACUUGGAAAGAGCAAACAACGACCACGAAGGGAAGGGACAAGAGAGAUGGCGAUGCAAGGGGUGGUCAAAGGACCGUGACACCCCUCAUUCUCGUGGUACAUUGGCCACAAUGCCUCCACAUUGCCUCCACACCGUCUCCACGCCUCCACGUCGCCACCACCUCCAUGCGCCGCACGACCAUCAGAAAAGUACAGACUUGCGGCACUCUCCACAUGCUUUUCCACUUUCCACAUACCUUACUCUCCACAUACAGUACUACUCUCCACCUUGUUGUCGCAUUAUAUUGUCAUCCCACUGCCGCCAAGCCCCCCCCUCAAUUACCGCGUCAAUUGCCAGGCUAGACUCAUCCACCACACAUCACACACACUCCCACACACACUCCUCGAACCCAACACCCUCAAUCCGCAUACAAUCAUCUCUUCUGGUAACAGUUGCGAUCGUCGCCCAUGCCGCCUCUCUCUCGGCGCCAAGCGCUCUCCCAAUCCACUCCCAAUCCACUUUCUCCAGCUUCUCCAGUUUCUCCAGUCUCCUCCCCCGGUUUCCCCCAGUUCCGUUCCGUGUCAUACGUGGAUCCCCGAGUACACGUCCCCUCCUUUCUCCUCUCCUCUCCCAUGCGCUGUACCUUCAUAAGUAAAGGGUGAUCUGCAGUCGUAUUUAUCCUUUCCAAUCUUUAUCUCAAUCAAUCAUCUCCUGUCUCACUCCUCAAAGUCUGACAUCUUUCCAACGUUCUUCUCCUUUUCUCUCUUGCCUUGACGCACUCUCACCUCACACACCGGAUAGAGUUGACACUGCAACCUGCCAACCAUGGGGCUCUUCUCCCGCGAAAAGACCGCCGCCGGCACUGAGGUCGCUGCGCCAGAGGUCGCUGACAGCCAUGAUGGCAAGGCCGGCUCCGACAUGGAGAAGACGGGCAUUCACGAGGAGGACAUCGUCGCCACCGCUCCAGGCUACGAGGACCCGCGCAUCUCCUGCUUCACCCACAAAGAGCAGCGCAGCAUCAUGCACCGCGUUGAUCGCCGCCUCGUGCUCACCCUCGGCGCCAUGUACUGUAUCAGUUUGAUGGACCGAACCAAUUUGAGCGCCGCCAACAUUGCUGGAAUGAGCCGCGACCUCGAAUUCAAAGCCACUGGUAUCGACAGAUACAGUGUCAUCACCCUCAUCUUCUUCAUCCCAUACGUCAUUUGCCAGCCGCCCGCAACAGUCAUCAUGCGCAAGAUCGGCCCCCGCAUCUUCCUCGCUGCCAUCACAAUCCUCUGGGGCGGCAUCAUGAUUGCUUUCGGAUUCGUCAAGAACUGGACUGAGAUGGUCGGACUGCGCAUCAUUCUCGGUGUCCUCGAGGCUGGUUUCUUCCCGGGCUGCGUAUACCUCAUGUCGACCUGGUACUCCCGCUUCGAGCUCCAGAAGCGCUACUCGGGCUUCUACCUGAUCGGUUCCGGCGCAUCUGCUUUCUCCGGUAUCCUCGCCUACGGCCUGAUGCAAAUGAACGGCCUAGCAGGACUCGAGGGAUGGCGCUGGAUCUUCAUCAUGGAAGGCGUCCUCACCUGCGUCCUCGGCGUCGCCGGCUACUUGCUCCUCGUCGACUUUCCCGACCAAGCCAAGGGAGCCCGCGGCUUCCUCAAGGACGCUGAAGUCGACUUCGUGAUCGCGCGCAUCGAGCAGGAUCGCGCCGACACCGUCGCCCCCGAAUUCAACCUCGGCCAAUACCUCCGCCACGCCGGCGACCUCAAGGUCUGGGGCUUCGCCUCGCUCUUCGGCCUCUGCACCACCACCUCCUACGCCAUCGCCUACUUCCUCCCCGUCAUCCUCAUGUUCGGCAUGGGCUUCUCCGUCGCACAGGCACAGUGCCUCGUCGCGCCCCCUUACGCCGCCGCGGGCAUCUUCAUGUACAUCCAAGCCGUGUUCGCUGACAAGUUCCGCAAUCGCUGCAGCUCCGUCAUCAUCAACGCCUGCUUCUGCCUCAUCGGCCUCCCCAUCCUCGGCUUCAGCACCAACAACGGCGCGCGCUACUUCGGCGUCUUCCUCGCCACCAUCGGUGCCAAUGCCAACAUUCCCGCUAUCAUGACGUAUCAGGCCAACAACAUCCGUGGGCAGUGGAAGCGCGCGCUUUGCUCUGCCACGCUUGUUGGAUUCGGUGGUAUUGGAGGUAUUAUCGGAUCCACGGUGUUCAGGGAGGUGGACAAGCCAAAGUACACUCCCGGUAUCAUGACGUGUAUGAUUGCGAACGGGCUUAUUAUCUGCAUCACCCUGCUGUUGACGCUGAAGUUCUGGAGGGCGAACAAGAGAGUCGAUGCUGGGGGGAAGAUUAUCGAGGGACAGGUUGGAUUUAAAUAUACCCUUUAGUAGUCUCUCUUCUGCAAACCGCUCGGCUCGGUUUUGCUUUUUAUCGUUAUAAUAUUUUUUUGGUAAAUGAAGCGUGGAAGGAUGGAGGAGGAGGAUAUGACUAGCACUAUAUAUCACUACAGAUAGGU